GCUACGCCGCGGCCCCCUCCCGCUUCCGUUCCUCCGGGACGGCUUCAGGUCGCUCUAGGCGCCCUUCUCGCCUGCUCUGGCGGGAGGCUAGCGCGCCGGCGGGGGUCCCUCCAAGAUGGCGGCGCAGAGGAGGAGCCUGCUGCAGAGUGAGCAGCAGCCGAGCUGGACAGAUGACCUGCCCCUCUGCCACCUCUCUGGGGUUGGCUCAGCCUCCAACCGCACCUACUCUGCUGACGGCAAGGGCACCGAGAGCCACCCCCCGGAGGACAGCUGGCUCAAGUUCAGGAGUGAGAACAACUGCUUCCUGUACGGGGUCUUCAAUGGCUACGACGGCACCCGGGUGACCAACUUCGUGGCCCAGCGGCUGUCCGCGGAGCUUCUGCUGGGCCAGCUCAACGCCGAGCACACCGAGGCCGACGUGCGACGUGUUCUGGUGCAGGCCUUCGAUGUGGUGGAGAGGAGCUUCCUGGAGUCCAUCGAUGAUGCGUUGGCUGAGAAGGCGAGCCUCCAGUCCCAGCUGCCGGAGGGUGUCCCCCAGCACCAGCUGCCUCCUCAGUAUCAGAAGAUCCUCGAAAGACUCAAGACGCUGGAGAGGGAGAUUUCAGGAGGGGCCAUGGCCGUCGUGGCGGUCCUUCUCAACAACAAGCUCUACGUCGCCAAUGUCGGUACGAACCGCGCCCUUUUAUGCAAAUCCACGGUGGACGGGCUGCAGGUGACACAGCUGAACGUGGAUCACACCACGGAGAACGAGGAUGAGCUCUUCCGCCUCUCGCAGCUGGGUCUGGACGCAGGAAAGAUCAAGCAAGUAGGGAUCAUCUGCGGGCAGGAGAGCACCAGGCGCAUCGGGGAUUACAAGGUCAAGUACGGCUACACCGACAUCGACCUGCUCAGCGCUGCCAAGUCCAAGCCGAUCAUCGCGGAACCUGAAAUCCACGGUGCGCAGCCCCUGGACGGGGUGACUGGCUUCCUGGUGCUGAUGUCCGAGGGGCUGUACAAGGCCCUGGAGGCAGCCCACGGGCCUGGACAGGCCAACCAGGAGAUCGCUGCCAUGAUUGACACUGAGUUCGCCAAGCAGACUUCCCUGGACUCGGUGGCCCAGGCCGUGGUGGACCGGGUGAAGCGUAUCCACGGUGACACCUUUGCCAGCGGCGGGGAGCGGGCCAAGUUCUGCCCAAGGCAUGAGGACAUGACCCUGCUGGUGAGGAACUUUGGCUACCCACUGGGCGAGCUGAGCCAGCCCACGCCGACCCCAGCCCCAGCCGCAGGAGGACGUGUGUACCCUGUGUCCGUGCCUUACUCCAGCGCCCAGAGCACCAGCAAGACCAGCGUGACCCUGUCCCUCGUCAUGCCCUCCCAGGGCCAGCUGGUCAACGGGGCCCACAGCGCUUCCACCCUGGACGAAGCCACUCCCACCCUCACCAACCAGAGCCCGACCCUGACCCUGCAGUCCACCAGCACGCACACCCAGAGCAGCAGCUCCAGCUCGGAUGGGGGCCUCUUCCGCUCGCGGCCUGCCCACUCGCUCCCGCCCGGCGAGGACGGCCGCGUCGAGCCCUACGUGGACUUUGCUGAGUUUUACCGCCUCUGGAGUGUGGACCAUGGCGAGCAGAGUGUGAUGACGGCACCGUAGCCCCAGCCCGGAUGCAGCCUGAGCAGGACCUUGCAUGGGGACGAGGGGCCAGCUCUGGGGCAGGAGGGGCCGUUUCCUGCCGUGUGCCUGCGCCGAGGGGCCGCUGGGAGCCCAGUCCUCAGCCAGCACUGUGCUCUCACCCCACAGCUCUCAGAGGCGCCAGCGCAGACUGGAGCCCUGGGAUGUACCUUGUCACGCACAGAGGGCUGCAGGCCACUCCCUCAGACAGCCUCAGCCGGGACCAUCGCCAUUUCUCAGAGCAAGGGACAUGGGUGCAGAAGCCGUGCUGGCUGCACCCGCCGAGUGGUGGGGUGAAGAGGCUCCUGCCACCCCACACGCCCCAGGCCUGGCAGCCGCUGCUCUCAGGGCCACCCCUGUCCUGCCACCACCUCCCUUGGAAGAGCCUGCAGCCACUGCCAGCACCCCGUUCACCACUGGGCGUGUCCCCCCUUUCUUGUCCCGCCUCCGGAGCGGAACCCCAGCUGGCGUCUGUGCCUGUGAUGCCAGCUCCAUCGCCGGCCCCGGCCUGGGCCUGCCCAGGUCGUUUUCAGUGGCAGACGUUCGGGAAGACCAGGGAAGUGUCGGGCCUGGGAUGGCUGCAGAGGGGCAGCUCAGAUGGAAGGGACCGGAGGAACCUGGUCCCGGAGAAGCACUGGCCCUGGAGUCCCCCGCAGGCUGGGCUGGGCCAGGCUGGGAUCCCCAGAGCCGGGGUGCAGGAAAGGGGGCUGUGCCUGCACGGAGCGGGCCACGGGCCAGGAGCGGGGACUCUGAGUCGGGGUGAGCUUUGCUUUCCCUCCUGGUGCUGGGGUGACCACAGGCCGGGGAGUCACUGAGAUGAAGGACCUUCCCCAGCGAGGCUGAGUCUUUGCAACCUCCAAGGUGACAGACAGGUUGUGAGUCAGGCUGGGGGCUCCUGUGAAAGACGGAAGAGAGGGAGGUGCUCCCGAAAGGAAACAGGGUCUCCAAGACCAGCUCUCCGGAUAGUCGAGGGCUUUAGUGAUGUACACUUUUUACAGACACUGAGGGGCUGGGGCAGGCUGGCCCAGGCCCCGAGUGAGACCAUUUCACAUGUGCACCCUGCCUGAGUGGGCCGGGGCUGUCGGCCAGAUUGCCGCUCCUGAUCCCAGAGGACAGAGCAGGAGGCUCACGGUGUGCCCACGGCACAGGGCAGUGUGGAGCACAGCUCGAUCCAUGGCCUCGCGUCAGUGUCCGAGGCCCCUGGAUUUCGCCGCCCCUCCCCAGCCCCCAUCCUCCUGCCCACAGGGCCAGCCACGGCUCACCGGGGACUAGCCGCUGUGUGGCCUCCUGUACACUGGGACUCUGAGAAGUCAAAGGCUGGUUCCCAGGGCCCAGGGCUGGUGUCCGAGGGAGGCCACGGCACGAGCCGAGGACAGUGCGUCUCAGCAGGGCUCCACUCCCUCCACCAGGAGCCCUCUCUGUUCUACGGGUGAGCGGAUUGAAAUCUGUAUCUGAGGCUCGGGAGCAGGGGGAGUUCUCCAGGAAUGUCUCCAGGAUGCCGUUUGGUCUCUAGAAAUAGAAUGACUUUUUUACCGCAGUGAAGACGUAAUAAAUGGUGGUGUUACACGUCU